AAUUUUCAGAACGUCAACAAACUCAGAAAUAUGGAGAUGGCGAAACAGGGUCUAGACAAUUUUAAAUGAAAAAAAGAGAACUGACGAAUUACUUUUCACAAAUAACUUCAGUCUGCAGGAACUAUGGAUCCCCGCCACAGUGCCCAGGAUGUGAUCAGAUGUGACCUUUGUGAGACAGCUAUUGUACAGAUGUACUGUGAUUUCUGUCAUGUCAACCUUUGUAAACCCUGUAUUGGAGAACACAUUGUUGAUGACUAUAACAAACAUCAAAUUGUCCCAUUCCAACAGAGAAAGUCCACCUUGAUUUAUCCAAAGUGUGCAACACAUCCAACAAAAACUUGUGAAGUAAAAUGUGUAGAAUGUAACAUUCCUGUUUGCCCUUCAUGUUUUACCUUAAAUACACAUAAAGGACACAAUAUUUUAGAACUCUCAGAAGUAUACAACUCAAAGAAAAAAGAUAUUGCAAAAGACACAGAGGAAUUAGAAAACAUUAUUUCUCCAACAUUCGAAGAAAUCACAAAUGAUGUGGAAGUACAGAUAGCUAACUUGGAUGGAGAAUAUGAGAGACUUACAACAGGAGUGACAGAACAUGGAAAACAAUGGCACAAAGAAAUUGACAAUGCCAUCAAUGCCAUGAAAAAAGAAAUUGAAGAUUUAAAAGGAAAACACUUUGACAUUCUCAAGAAACAUGCAGAAGAAGUGAAACAAAUACAGUCCCUUAUUGAACAAACUCUGCUCAACCUGAAGGAAAUUGAAGAAUCAAAUGACGUGUUCAUGACCAUUGAAUACAGCUCCAGAAAUGAAGAAUUCAGUAAACUUCCUCCUAAAGUUCUGGUAUCACUGCCAAUGUUUAAUGCUAAACCAGUAGAUAGAGAACAGCUUUACAAGUUGUUUGGAUCUCUUGCACCUUUAUCUACAAUAACAGAAAAAAAUGGCUACAAGAUGAAGAAAUUAGAAAGGUCAAGCGGAAGAUUGUUGGAAGAACCAGAACUUAUCACUUCUAUAGAUACUGGGUAUGAAAACCAUCGCUCUGUUGCCUGUCUCAGUGAAAAAGAAAUCUGGAUAAGUGGGCAUAGCAUCAGUGAUAUGAAAUGCUUUGACAUUCAAGGUUCACUUAUCAAGACAAUAACAAAAAAAUCAGAGGGAUUUCCAAAUGAUAUAUCAGUGACAGGUGAUGGAGAUCUAUUGUACUCUGAUGGGAUAACAAGGACUGUGAAUAAAGUAAAGAAUGGACACACAGAGGAGAUGAUCAAACUAUGGGGCUGGGUACCUAUACAAUUUUGCGUCAACUCCUCUGGUGAUCUCCUGGUUACCAUGCACAGUGAUGAUGAUGAUGAUGAUAAAACACAAUCAAAAGUUGUGCGUUACUCAGGCUCCACAGAGAAACAAACAAUUCAGUUUGAUGAGGACGGUAAACCUCUGUAUUCAGGAAAUUAUCACAUUAAGUAUAUCAGUGAGAACAGAAACCUGGAUAUCUGUGUGGCUGACAGUAUAGCUGGUGCUGUAGUGGUUGUCAAUCAGGCUGGAAAACUUCGAUUUAGAUACACUGGUCAUCCUUCUACCACACAGAACAAACCAUUUAAUCCUUAUGGCAUCACAACAGACAGUCAGAGUCAGAUCCUGACAGCAGACGGUGAUAACCACUGUAUCCACAUCCUAGACCAGGACGGACAGUUCCUCCGUUAUAUAGAUAACUGUGAUCUGAAGGAUCCAUUUGGAUUAUGUGUGUACAAAAAUAAUUUGUUUCUUGCUGAGUGGGGAGGAAAAGUUAAGAAAAUUAAAUAUUUGGAAUAGACUCCUUUGUAUAUAACUAUAUAUAUGCUUGUGUAUAGGCUGUCAUCAUGACUCUAUUUUGUAAAUAAAAUUGUUUCAUUUAUGUAAGUUAUGAUUUAAAUGUGAAAACAUGUUAUUUAUCUUUCAAGUUAUCAGAAUAGAUUGCGAUAAUGUUGCUAGAUUAAUUAUCAACAGCACGAUAUAUAAUAUCAGUUGCCACAGCAAUUUGUAAUGUCAGUGAAAUGAUGUUUCAUUGUUAUGAUAAAGAUAAAAGAUUGGAUAUAAUUAUUUAUGUAUCAUUUUGCUGGUUUUCACUUUUAAUGGAAUUAAUUGACACUCCUUAAAAACAAUUCUGUUGAAGUCCUUAUGAUUGUAGCUACUUUUUACAUAUUCAUGAUAUUUAAGACAAAU